UCUCGGGGGUUUGGGGGGCCCCAGGCAUGGCCUGGAUUGGGGACGGAGUCGGGGGACACCUCACGGCCAUCAUGGAGUCCGGGAGCAGCGAGGAGGAGGAGGAGGAAGAGGCAGCCCUUGGACAGCACUCGCCCCUGGAUCCAGUGCCAGAUGACACCGAGACUCGGCUGGCCCAGCUGGAGCAAGCGUCGCAGGCGCUGCUGGCCGAGCUGGCGGCACUGGACACCGAGGUGGAGCUGGAGCAGCAGAGCCGACAGCGAGCCCAGGCCUUCAGUGCCCAGGAGAACACGCGGCUGGAGAGGAUCAGCCUGGCCAGGAGCCCCAAAGGGACCCUUGAGGUGGCCCCAAAGGAGGUGACAACCACAGGGGUGGCGCUGGAGGAGCCACCCACCCCUGCCCAGCUCCCAGAUCAACUGAAAGCGACACCAAAAUCCAACCGCAGUCGCCGACACCGCUCGCGCUUCCCCUUUCCCAUCCUCCUUUCCCAAGCUCCACAGGAAAAUCUCUCCCAGCUCCUGGAACAGCACCGGGUCCUCCAGGCACAGCUGCAGCACCUGCACACCCAGCUGGAGCUGGAGCGGGAGGAGCAGCAGCGCCUGCGGGCAGCCCUGGCCGCCAGCCAGAGGGCACUGAGGUCCUUCAAGAGAGUGUCCCAGAUUGUCACCCAGGAUUACUGCCAGGCCCUGGAGCAGCUGGAGCUGGAGCAGGACCUGCGCUGCCACGCCGAGGCCUUCGCCCACCAGAUGCUGGUCCAGCAGAAGGAGGCGAAGCGCCAGAGCUCCAUCCUGCUGAGGAGCGUCGCGCCCGAUUCCCAAAUCCUGGAAGCGUUCCAGGAACUGGAAAAACUCAGCCGGGAGCUGGAGGAGACGCGGCAGGAACGCGCCAGCGGGUGA